GAGAUUCGAACUGUUGACGAUGACAAAAUGAUGUCAGCGACGAACAUGGUCUCCGUGACACAAUCCACUAUUUAUAAAUGUUGCGUUCGUCCAGCAAAACACUAUCGUUGCGUGUUAUGGCAGAUUUCGAUAGUAUUAGGUGCGACGACGAUCGUCACGCACCGUAGAUCAUCCUCAUAACAAUCCAUAAUCAAUUUCUGAAAUGAGAUACGAUUUAUAGCUGCUGUUACUUUUGAAAGGGUGUUUAUUUUUAAUACGCAUACCUGGAGUAGUAACAUAGCGUCACAGUGGCAAAUUACUUGACGUUUAAUGAUUCAAUUGAAUUCAAUGUUUCAAUUCAACGUUCAAAAUUCGAGUUGAAAAUAAUAGAAAAUCGGUAAAAAUGCUGAACUAAUUGAAGUUCGUAGACGAUGGCGUUCAAAUGGGAAAUAAUUAUCCACUUUAGGAUUAAUCAAUUUCCAUCGAGAUUAACAUCAAUAGAUAACCAUCUCAAUGAAUAUGUUACGAAGAAUUUCGGGUGUGAUCGUUCGACACAAAGCAAAUAAUUCAUAAACAAUUCGUGAUCAUUUGUCAGUGCCUAAUGGAUCCUGGUAAAUGCAGAAUGUGCAUGCUUUCCGGAUACGAGUUCUUGCGGUUCCAUUUGAUAGAGACGGCCGUGUUAGCGUUAAUUUUCACAGACUUUGGAUUCCAGUUGCUAUCACUGAUCAAAUCUCCAGCACUUUCCACUGAAGAUAAAUUGGAAUACAAUUUUUACCCUGUCGCGAGUGGGCAGCUCCAGUUUCGAAUAAAAGCGCCGAACGAUGCCCACAUCGCACUCACAACGGGCCCUCAGGAGGGAGAACCUAUGUACGAAGUUUUCAUUGGUGGUUGGAGCAACAGCAAGUCUGUGAUUCGUAAAAAUAGGACGAAGCCUGAGGUCGCUGAGGUAGAUACACCAGGUAUCUUGAGUGCCGACGAAUUGCGUGGAUUUUGGAUCAGAUGGGAUGAUGGUGUUAUAUCAGUAGGUAAAGAAGGCGAACCAAGUGCAUUCCUAACUUAUGCUGAUCCAGAACCGUUUGGAAUCGGUUACUUUGGAGUGUGCACUGGUUGGGGCGCAUCCGGUGAAUGGCUGAUCGAAGGACACGGUCCCUUGUCAACACGGGACGAAUUAGCCUACAAGUUUCAUAACGUAAGGAGCGGCUCGAUUCUCGUCGAGGUGAGGGCCAAGAGUAACGCGCACAUCGCCCUGACCAGCAAAAAAGGCGACUCGAGCCCGAUGUACGAGAUCAUGCUCGGUGGCUGGGAAAACACGGCGUCGGUCAUCAGAUACGAUCGCAAACAGCCCGACAAGGUGCGAGUGAACACGCCGAAUCUACUGAACGAGAACGAAACGAAGAAGUUCGCGAUUUGUUGGCUGGACGGUCGUAUCGUGGUCAGGGCUGGUGGUGUUAACGGUCCCGUGAUCAUGGAAUGGCAAGAUCCUAAGCCUAUCGGCGUGAGCUACGUAGGUGUGCGUACCGGUUGGGGAGCAACCGGCAAAUGGAUACUUCGAACCGCUCAGUACCCACCCUGUCCGGUUCCCAAUUACAAAAAUGCAAACCCAUCGGCCCCACCACCGCCGUCAGGAGUUACAGACAUUGGAGAUUUUUGUUGGUGCGAAGCAUCUGGCGGUAUUAUUCCUCCAGGUGCAGUCGAAGGAGGGAAAGAUGACGAAACUUUGUACGUUGGCAGAGCCUAUCACGAAGGUGCUCUUCUACCUGGCAAGGUGAAGCCAGGGCACGCUGUCUGUUAUGUGGCUUGGGGUGGCGGGGAACAUGGAAAGACUGAGUAUCAGGUUCUCUGCGGUUGUAAUCCAGUAUGGGUUCCAACAAGCGGAAACAACAUUCCUCACAAUGCAAUUCCAGGCGGCGAAUCAGAAGACGGGGAGCCGCUGUACGUUGGCCGUGUACAGCACGAGGGCACCGUGACAAUCGGCAAAGUACAACCGUCCCACAGCGUGUGUUACAUACCAUUUGGUGGUGCUGAGGUGGCGUUUCCCGAAUACGAGAUCAUGGUCCAGGAGAAUUAAAUUAGAAUUAUCCUGCACUGACGUCGAUGCAUUUGAUAAUGAAUCCUAAUCGCUUGCAAUGAUUUUUAUGUUUCAAUGCGACAAAAUGUCAAAAGUAGACUAUAUCGGGAAUUUAAUUAAAAAAAAAGAAAAAUGUAUUUUACGUACGAAUAAUCGUCCUACUUUGUUCGUACAUAACUAAAAAACACAUGGAAAUAUUCGUAACCGAUUGUUACUGCUAUUUUAAUAUCGAUAUUUAAUUAUGUAUUAUACAUAAUGUAAUGAGAAUCUCAUACGUGUGCAAACUAGUCUAGUUACAAAUGGGCGGAUCUUGAUUCAUUGUUCAUCGAUCAGUUGGUGUAUCACGGGCGGUAUACUCUUGCACAGAACGUAAUUACAAUUCACAGUAACAAGUAGAAUGCGUCGAUCAAAAAAAAAAAGAAAAAGAAAAAAAACUGGCAAUGUAUAUGUACGAUUCGACUACACAUGUGUUAAUAACUGGCUACGUAUGGUACCAUUAAUUCCUAUUUAUACGGCUGGAUGUUUAUACAGCUUGAAAUACUUACGUAUUGCUUGAUCGUUCUAUUUUGUCUAAGAGUAUCGUGAAGGAAAAUUUCCUUUCAUGAUUCAUAUGGUUCAAUGCACAAUAGUUCUUGCUUUUCCAUAAUCUUUGAUUUUCUAUUGUUAUGAAAAAUAAUAAAUAAUAUUUUCGAA